GGAAAAGGAGUCUUUGCUUCAUCUCCCAAAUGUGAAAUUGAUGCCCUACCCUAGACGCCUUCCCAUUAAUUAAGUUGGCCUGAAGGUCAUAAAGCGUAAUCAAUAUGGAGGCUGGUUGCUGCAAGGGGCUAAGUGACAUCCCCAAAGAGGACUAGUGUCAAUACUCAAUAGAGAAGAGCAGACCCCCGGUAGAUUUAUGGCUUUGAUUUUGAAAAGGUGUGGGAAUGCCCUGGGAUGUGUUCACCCACACUCCUUUUGAAUGUUAAUGUUUUCUUGAAGAUGAUUUCAGACACACUGCUAGGAUACUGCCUCUACUCACUGAAGCAGAAGCCUCUGAAGAGUUGCUGAGGCAGAACUGAAAUCAUGGCUCGUCUCAGAGAAGCAGCUGUACUGGCCGCUAAGGAUGCCUCACACAGAAAGACGAUGCUCCUUUAACUCGGGGCUUUUAAUGGGAAGUUUCUAAGCCUGAAACAACAGCUUUGGAUCUGGGGUGUGCCAUCAGCUGCUUGCAGCUACCACUGUCUACAGCUUUAGCACAAGCCUGGUCGGGAAGAAUGGAAACGAAAGAGGCUCGUAACUACCUGUAACUGUUCCACCAGGAAAUGGAUCAAGUGUUUGUUCAGCCAGAUCCAGCCUCUUCAAGGUACAGCCACCAUGAGCUCAACAGGCUGAUGAUGGAAAAGAAGGGACUGUGUGUUCCAGCUUCCCUGGACGAUGGAUGGAGGCCAGCCCGUCCCUUCACCCCUGGUGCCCCUUGGGAAUGUGUCAUCGGAUGCUAGCAUGUCUCUGGAGCAGAAAACCACGUUCGUUUUUGUGAUUUUGUUGUUUAUUUUCUUGGGCAUCCUUAUUGUCAGGUGCUUCAGGAUUCUUCUGGAUCCAUAUCGGAGCAUGCCCACCUCAACCUGGGCUGACGGACUGGAAGGCCUAGAGAAAGGGCAGUUUGACCAUGCCCUGGCCUAGCAUGACAGGGGCAGGAGCCUGUCAUGAGGAGGAGGAGUGCUUCGCGUCUUGGCAAGGGAUUCUCUUUGGUCAGUGUUCUCAGCAACUCAAAUUUUAACUGUACCUCGUUGGAGGACCACAACUAGUAUCAGUAAACAUCUGAGGAUAUUGGAGAUGGAGAUUCACAUCACUCACCCCAAAGAGGAAGGUUUAAAUUUCUGUAUUUACUCAAUGAUUGAAGGCUGCUGAAUGUGUAUGAUGGCGAAACCAAGAACAUCAAUAGUGACUUGGUCUAAAAUGAAGCCCUCUGGGACCUGACCAGAGAAAAAGACUAGGAAGGACCUGUUCUGACUCUGGUGACAGGACCAAAAGAGGCUUCCUCGCUCUAAUUGUGUCUCUCAGUUUGUUUUACUUUCAUGGGACUCUGAGUCCUAGGCAGAGAAUGCGGAAGCAGUUGCUGAAUGGACGCAUAGCAGGUACUUGUUUUCUCCUAAAGCGAAGAGCAUUGAGGGUGAUGGGAAUGCCUAGAAGAGGUUUUUCUGUCCUACCUCUUCUGGAAAAUAUGAGUGAGGGUGAUAUCAUCUUAUAUGUCAUGUACAACUGAAUUCAAAGUCUUAUGGAUGUUCUAAAACUCUGUACCAAGCCAAGUACAUUCUGUAUAUUCAUAUCAAUAACAUGUGUAGAGGUAGCUAUACAUAAUGUGACUUUAACUUUCUUUGCACAAUUGAUUGAAAUAAUAGGUUGCAAGUGCUGCUCCAAGCUGGGGUUUUGGUUUUUUUUUUUGUUUUGCUUUGUUUUUUGAUAAAAAGGUAAUUGUUUAGAGAAGACUUUUAUAGUCUUAAGAGGCAUGUGUGUUUAUGGCUGAAUAUAGAAACCAAAUAAAACUUUUCAAGAGACAGAAGUGUCUCCUCUCAUUUCAGUGCUCUGGAGGCAGUGUGUUACAUCGAAUGCUGAGAACUAACUGUUCCGAGAGAGAGAGAACAAGCAAAGACCAUGAAAGAUUUCUUCUUUAGCUACAGAUUUUGUAGCUGAAUACAUCACUUCAGGAAUGGACCAGAAUAAAAAGAGGAACCACCUCAUGGUUUCUUCAUGCUACAAGUUAGUUGAUGCCUUCAAAGAUCCUUUGCUUCUAGAUCUGAAACAAAACACUGACGCUGAUCUGUGAUCAUCCUGGGGUCUAUUAAUCACCCGAGUAUUCUCUUGCCUUACUGUUACAUCUUCCUUUAACUCACUAGUUUUAAAGUUUUAUUUUCUCUUCAA